GUCGAGACUGCAUUAUAAGAACCAACUGCAUUGGACUGUUUCGAAAGCAAAUAAGGUAGAAACCUGCAAAAAAAGAUGGAUGUAGAUCAAGGGCAUGGAGUUAGUGAGCUGUUUAAGGCUCAGUGUAAACUUUAUAAACAUAUCUACUACUUUAUAGAAUCAAUGUCACUAAAAUGUGCUCUUCAGCUAGGCAUACCGGAUAUAAUCCACAAAAAUAACCAACCCAUUACCCUUCCACAGUUGGUUUCAGCACUAGAUAUUCCUGUAUCAAAAGCAAAUUUCCUCCAGCGCCUUAUGCGUAUACUGGUGCAUUCUGGUGUCUUUGAUACAACCAAAAUGCAUGAGAAUCAAGAAGAAGAAGAAGAAGGUUAUGUUCUCACUUCUUCUUCUAGGCUCUUGCUCAAAGAUAGCCCCACCAACUUGUCCCCAGCUGUUAUAGCAAUACUAGAUCCUGUGUUAAUGAGUCCCUGGUUUUCUCUCGGCGAGUGGAUCCAAGGGAAGGAGCGCACACCAUUUGAAGCUUGCCAUGGAAUGAGCUUUAGGGAAUAUGGGAAGAGAAACAUCAAAUUCAUCAACAACUUGAAUGAAGCAAUGGCCAGUGAUUCUCAAUUGGUGAGCUUGGUUGUCAAAGAGCACAUGGAGAUUUUCGAGUCAGUGGAUUCGUUGGUUGAUGUAGGGGGUGGCACAGGAACUCUUGCUAGGAGCAUAGCUGAUGCAUACCCUCAUAUGAAAUGCACAGUCUUGGACCUCCCACAAGUUGUUGCCAACUUGCCAGAAAGUGAGAACUUGAAAUUUGUUGGAGGUGACAUGUUUAAGUCCAUCCCUUCUGCAGAUGCAAUUAUUAUCAAGUCAGUUUUGCUUAACUGGAGUGAUGAGGACUGCAUAAAGAUUUUGAAGCGAUGCAGAGCAGCAAUUCCAAGCAAAGAUGAGGGAGGAAAGCUUGUACUCGUAGAAAUGGUGAUUAAUGACAAGAAAGAUGAACAUGAAUUGACCAAAACAAGGCUCUUUGUUGACAUGGAAACGAUGCUUAUAUGCAAUGGAAGGGGAAGAAAUGAGAAAGAAUGGAAAAAACUUUUCCUGGAGGCUGGCUUUAGUCACUACAAGAUUACAGCCACAUCUGGGCUAAAUUCUAUUAUUAUGGUGUAUCCCUGAGAAUUUGUUUCGGAUUCGGGAUGUUAUUUUUUUUCCUUUUCGGAUGAAUAUGUGUUCUAGUUUGAUAUGAUAGUCAAGGGUACAAAGUAAUUUUAGCCUGCUGGAUUUGCCAUAAUCCAUGUGGCCUAGGGAACUUUAUGUAACUGGGUUCUUACUGUGUAUUACGUCCUGCCGCAUACACUAAGGCAUGCAAGAUAUAUAUAUAGGGCCAUGUGUUGCUGUCUCUUUCUCA